UCUCUAUUCUUUCUCUCUCUCUCUCUCUCUCUCUCUCUCUCUCUAAAAAACCACUUUUUCUCCCUCUAAAAAAUUGGGAUCGUUAACGAAUUUGAGUUGAAAAUGUCGGAUUGUGUUUGUUGCAGACCGAUGAUUUCGAUAAAAUCGAUAGACAACAACAACAGCAGCAGCUUCGUAUCGCCCAGAAGACUCUCAAUUGGUGGCCAAUCUAUACGCCACUGCCGUGUCUUGAAUUCUAGGGUUUGUGGUGUUCGAAUUCGAGCUUCAAUGGUGGACUCUUACGAGAGCUCCUCAAACUUCGCUAAGCGUAUGGAAAAAGCUUGGUUAAUCUCUCAGCAACCAAGGCCCAUUGCUUGCUCUUCUUGUGAUUCAAACGGGCAUGUUGAAUGCAAAUGGUGUGGUGGUACAGGUUUCUUUAUUCUUGGCGACAACAUGCUUUGCCAAGUACCAUCCAGAAACAGCAGUUGUGUUAUUUGUGCUGGGAAGGGAUCAACAUGCUGUGCUGAUUGUAAGGGAACGGGCUUUCGUGCAAAGUGGUUGGGGGAGCCUCCUAUUUCUAAGUAGUAGUGCUAAUGCUUUUUGUUUUUGAGACCAUUAAAAGGCUUCUUUUACCAUUCUGAAUUUCUUUAUUUCAUUUAUGGAAUCCAGUUUUGUGGUCAAGUCUAUAAAUUCCACACUACCAAUUGCACCAUGUAUUCAUGAAUGCAUGACCUAAUGUUGUACUUUUUUCACAUCUGUGAAGUAAAAUGAAAUUUCAGUUACAAGCAUACAA